AUGGAUCGGAAACAUCUCGCAACAGGGGCAUUUCCUCUAUCCCUCUCAAAAACAAUAUACCUUAUUCAUCUGCUCUCCUGGUUGCAACUUCUAUACGCAGUGUCCUACCUCGUACGGCCACUCUGGAACACACGGCGCGAGUUUCCACCCUUUAACACAGCCCUCAGCCGCACAGAAACAAGAAUUAUCAACACCCUCCUCGGCGCCAUCCCCCUCUCAGCUUAUAGUUCCGCAACAGCAACAGAGCGCCAGUGGUACCUGUCAUCAGGGAAUGGUCUCUUGAACCCAGAGAGCAACGGCAUCCGCACCACCCAUCAGCCCACCCCCAACUUGCUAGCCAGCUCAACAUCGCCACAGCAAGGACACCAAGACUCCGAAUCCUCAUCGGAUCAAGAACGUUCUAUACCAGAUACGGGUACCGAAAAACCCCGGGAAAACUCCCCCAUUCAUGAAACACUGCGCAAGAUCCGGUUUAACACACAAGGCAGUAUUUCAAAGCUUGCCACCUCGGCAAAAGCCAUCUUCCGACAGCCACUGGCCAUCGUCCCAGGGAAUAUGAAUGGCUCGCCGUCAGACGAGGAACGGGCGGAGCAAGAGCUCGUUCCAAUUCGAGUGCGCACUUCACAGCCUCGCUUCGUCGAGAACGUGCCUUUCCCUGUGCCCAUGUCUGCGUCUGCGCGUGUCGUAGGUCACUUCAGUGACCCUGGGCCGGCAAUUGGAACCAAGGUGCACCAGCCAGUCUCGUUUGGGGCGGCGAUCGAUGCGGCAGUUGAUUCGGAGACCGUGCAGAUGAAUCGUGCGCGCAAGUAUCACUCUAUCGAGAGUUAUCCGGGGAAGUUUCCUGUCAGUGAUUCGUUGGAUUAUAGCUCACUUGCUACUGCUUAUGCCGUGAGAGGAAGGGGGACUACCUCUGUCCGACCUUUCUCAGACUACUAG